AUGAUGCCAAACGAAGCAGCUUGCGAUGUGUUGCUUCGGAUAAUAGUUGAACUCGCGGUGGCAGCUCACGGUGAUUUGCGGUGGAGAGGAGCUCGCGCUGAUGUUCUAGACGAAGAAGGUGAGAGCUGUGCUUUGGAGAUGAAAGCAAAGUUUCACCACCAUUUAGGUCAAUCUUCAACUCACGCACCCCCAAUCACAAGAGUUGCAUUACACUUUCUAUCAAUUUCGCGCUCUCAACUCGUCCCCUCAAAAAAACCCUUGCUGGGGACCAUGAGUAAGUCUCCGCGCAGAGAUCUACAGGUCUUUGAUUUCAACGAAGAGGAUGAUGUUGCUGCCUCAGAUAAACACCUCGAUCACCAAUCCCUGUCCAAACACGAUUUCCCCCCUUGCGCUUGUGAUAUAUUGACAGAUUCCCAGGUCAACAAGGUUGGCAUAAAGAGCGUUGCCAGUAUUCCUAAUGUGGGUGGUGCGAUUUUUAAUUUGGAAAAGGGUGGUUCUGACCCUUCUCCUGACAGAGUGGGAGAUAUAUAUGAUAGUGAAGAGAAGCAAUCUGUGUCGGAAGCUGACAAACAAUCAAAUUCGAUUAGUCAUGAAAAUGAUCAUCAUUUUAAAAUAGAUAUCCAUAACCAUGACCAGCUAGAGAAAAUGGAUACAAGUGACGAAAUUUCUUCACCUGAAAUAGGCCAGAUUGACCCUUCAGGGUCUUCAUACAGUAAUGAAUCAAUUGAUGUCAAUUCAGAGGCUGAUGAGAGUGCACCAACAAGUCCUGCUUCUGAUAUUCUAGAGAAUGGUGGUGUGUUUCUCGAUGACACAAAUAUGGAAGUCGUGCUUCACCCUGAUUAUGUCAUAUACCAAGAUAAUUAUUACCCGGGGCCAAAGUUAACUUUUUCACCUUUUUGUGUCAAGAUCAAUGUUUCAACUGCUUGUAUAAAGCAAGAUGCGGUUGAUCUUGAAUGGGCAGUUGAUGAUCUCAGUGGAACCGUCAUUAUAAAGCUUAAAGUAAUAUCAAGUAAUGCAAGCCAAUCAAAUCAUGUAAACGAUGCUCCAGGCAUCGAGGAAUUGGAAAUUGCAGUUGUUGAUUACGAUUGGUCCCUGAGACAUAGACAAAUCACAUCUCUUAAUACGAGAUACUUGGCUUCUUGGAACAUUGCUCUUCAUGAGGAUGUAGAAGGCAAUGAAACAGGUUCACGUGGAUCAAGAUGCUACUUCCCUAAUUUUGAGGAGCGUUUUGAUGAUGUUAUCUAUCCAAAAGGGGAUCCAGAUGCUGUUUCCCUAAGCAAGAGAGACGUGGAUCUCUUGCAACCAGACACAUUCAUUAAUGACACAAUUAUAGAUUUUUACAUCCAGUAUCUUAAGAAUCAAAUACCGGAGGAGGAAAAGCCUAGAUUUCAUUUUUUUAAUAGCUUUUUCUUUAGAAAGCUGGCUGAUAUGGACAAAAAUCCAUCCAGUGCUUCUGAUGGAAAAGCAGCAUUUCUACGUCAACUAUGCCGAUUCCUUAUAUUUGUGUUGUCUUUUAAAAAAGUGAACUCAAAAGAGUUGAAAUUUGGUCUUUUGUCAUCUGAUAUUGACAGUUACUUAUGGGAAGAGUGGAAAGAAAGACACAAGGAUACUUUGGAAGAAGACCUUUCAUCAAAAUUCUUCAAUAUGCGUUUUCUUCCACUUGCGUUGCCGCAGCAAGAAAACUCAUAUGAUUGUGGCCUAUUUCUGCUUCACUACCUAGAGCUGUUCCUUACUGAAGCACCUCCUAAUUUCAAUCCUUUCAAGUUAACCAAGUUUUCCAACUUCCUCAAUGUGGACUGGUUUUUGCCUGCUGAAGCUUAUCUCAAGCGAACACUGAUCCAGAAGUUAAUCUUUGAACUUGUGGAAAACCAUGGUUCGCAUGAAAUCUCUUCGUCCUACUGUAGUGAUGAUAAUGAGUGCCUAGAAAAUAAUGAUAACAGAACUGGGAUUGAUCAUGCUGAAGUCAAUAAGGAGUCAACAACAUCUCAUGCAGGGCAGGGAAUAGAAAUCACUCUAUUGUCUGGUUCAUCGUCUUUGGAUCCUCAAUCUUUUAACGGUUCAGGCUUGGUUCUUAAAGAGCUUUUUGAGCCAGGAGCUACUGCAGGAGCAAUGUUGGGACAAUGCCAAUCUUUUGACCAGCGUUUCAAUGGUUCAAUAUUUUCCAUGGAGGAAGACACUGAGCUUGGGGAAGAGUUUAUGUACUUGCCUACAGAUCCGAACUUCCAGCAAGUGGCUGGAAUUACACCUCAAACAUGUUCUUUGCCAUAUCUUCCUAGGGAUUGUGGAGAGGAGACAUGUAACAGGCCACAAAUCCCUCUGCAAACGGACCAUGACGUGGUUGAGUCAUCUCUAGACGCAUUAAAUGGUGCCUUAGAUGAUUCAGAAGACGCGAUAAGGGUCACCAAAAAUUGCCCUUCUGUGAAUGAGCCCAGGUCCUCUAAUGAAGCCGAACAAGGGGAGAAAACUUGCUCGGCCUUGGAAAACGCUGAGAAUGUCAUAGAUAUUUCUACCGUUGUGGGAAAUUCUCAAGACUCAAUUACGAAGUUUGUCGAUAACAAUGGAAAUCUCCACUCUACUGGUCAACAAACUCCGGCAAUAUCCUCACAAGUUUCUGAUGUACGAGAUUAUGAGGAAACCACGAUGAUACCGUUGCAACAGGUGUCUGACGUGGCAGUUGAUGAGCAAACUCUCACGAUACCAUCGCAUCAAGUUUCUGAUGCAAUAGAUGAUGGUGAGACUAUUGAUGGCGUGGCACCUGAUAUUUGUGAGGAACAAGCUCCGAAGAGGCGGCGGCUUAUGCCUCUUGAAUGCAAAAGUGAGGACAUCGUGACAGAAUCCGAUUUGUAG